GAUGGCGGGCAAGCUCUGCCGUGCCGCUCCCUCCACAAUGCAAGAGCUCGGGCGAGAGUUACGUGGCGGCGUGUUGGUCGCGAGUUGAGGCACCGUGGUCCGCGACGUUCCUCAGUGGCUCUCAACUACCGUACAACCUGAGGCUGUUUCUGACGCCACUCUCCGCGGGGUCGUUUGUAGUGUUGGUUGCGCUCGAUUUCCCUCGAGCUUCACUGCAAGCGCGUGUG